AUGUGCAGAGAUUGGAACUUGACGGUUCCCCACAGCACGUCAUCAGUGAAUUUGAAGCUCUUCUUCAGUUUCACGUUGCAACUUAUAUGGAUAAUGACAUUGCAGGUCAGCCCGCAGGCGCUUCAAAAAACUGGCCGUCCGAUCAAAUCCAUUAGAGCUCGUCUUAAGGGUAAAGAGGGUAGAUUAAGAGGCAACUUGAUGGGAAAGAGAGUGGACUUUUCCGCACGUACGGUCAUUUCGGGUGAUCCCAAUCUCGAUUUGGACCAGGUUGGUGUUCCUAUAUCGAUUGCUCGUACCUUGACGUACCCUGAGAUUGUGACUCCUUAUAAUAUUCAUCGGUUGACGGAAUAUGUCAGAAAUGGUCCCAAUGAACACCCUGGUGCCAAGUACGUCAUAAGAGACACUGGUGAUAGAAUUGAUUUGCGUUACAACAAGCGUGCUGGUGACAUUGCCCUUCAAUAUGGAUGGAAAGUUGAGCGUCAUUUGAUGGACGAUGACCCUGUAUUGUUCAAUCGUCAACCAUCAUUGCAUAAAAUGUCUAUGAUGUGUCAUAGAGUGAAAGUGAUGCCAUACUCUACAUUCAGAUUGAACUUGUCUGUUACCUCACCAUAUAAUGCUGAUUUCGAUGGUGAUGAAAUGAAUUUACACGUACCUCAAUCUCCCGAAACUAGAGCUGAAUUAUCGGAAAUUUGUGCUGUGCCUUUGCAAAUUGUUUCUCCACAAUCCAACAAACCAGUUAUGGGUAUCGUGCAGGACACGUUGUGUGGUGUCCGUAAGAUGACACUUCGUGAUAUCUUCAUCGAAUAUGAUCAAGUUAUGAACAUGCUUUAUUGGAUUCCCGAUUGGGAUGGAGUUAUUCCUCC